AUGGAGCCAUCGGAUGGCUCCCUUAUGGAACAAUUCAUAACUUUAUGUAUUGACACGUGUCCAAUGUGCAUUUAUUGCAGGACACGUGUCAAUAUACCAUUUGUGGAUAACUAUGGAUGGCUUCAUAAGCCGAGCCAUUCGAUGAGGGCUGUUUUAGUCCCAGCACUGGAAGGUAGAGACAUAAUUGCACGAGCAAAGACUAGAACUGGCAAAACAUUGGCAUUUGGUAUUCUCAUACUCAAAGGACAUAGUGAUCAGGAUGAAGAAAGUUUUCCUAUAAGACGAUGUCGGCUUCCAAAAGUACUGGUCCUUGCGCCUACCCGGGAGAUGGCUAAGCAAGUUGAGAAAGAAUUUAAAGAGCAGUGA